GAACAGAUGAACUACAUUUCCCACAAUGCACCAGAAACCGCCAACAACUUCCUCGGGACGUGUUUAUUACUGACCGCGUCCGCUGCCAACAUGAUGGAUCUAACAAACCAGCAAACCAGAGUCUCGUGAACUACAUCUGAUUCACUGACUUAGUUGUGGUUUUAUAAACCAACGUGUUAGUAUCGAAAUUUCCAGAAGAGCUCAUGACUGUUUACGUUGUUCAGAGCGCUGAAGCUAAGCUAAGCUAAGCUAACUGUACACAGUGUUGUGUUUGUGAUAUGAACUGGUCAAUAGUCUGUUUUUGAGGAUGUACACUUUAUUAUCGGGUCUCUACAAAUAUGUAUUUCAAAAGGACGAGUACUGCAUCCUGAUCCUCGGUCUGGACAAUGCGGGAAAAACGACAUUUCUGGAACAAACAAAAACAAAAUUCAGCAGAAACUACAAGGGCAUGAACCUUUCGAAGAUCACAACUACAGUCGGCCUGAACAUCGGCACCAUUGAUGUGGGAAAAGCUCGUCUGAUGUUUUGGGAUCUCGGAGGACAAGAAGAACUACAGUCUUUAUGGGAUAAGUACUAUGCAGAAUCUCAUGGUGUCAUCUAUGUCAUCGACUCCACCGAUGAGGAGCGACUGGGCGAGUCAAAGAACGCUUUCGGUGAGUUUUGCUGCAACGAGGGAUCAAUGCAGUUCUGUACAAUCACCAGUGCUGUCAUUUAA